UAUCCAGGCAGCCCUCUCUGCACCUUACUGAGAGCCAGGCUAGCUUGUAAACAACGCCAAAAAAGCCCCGGUCGUAUUUUUGGUGAACCUAAUGACUGAACACGCCGGUGAUUUUACGAACAGUCCCAGCGUCCGCUGCUUUUCCUCUUUUCAUUCCCGCCUCAUGUCUUGUGUUCCUGUUCAGGAUCGUCUCUGCAACAGACUGAGGCACUGAUGCUGCCGAAUUGAGCUAACGUCUCAACUGUCUUCACAGACAAAAGCAACAUUUUACCUGAGACCUAAGUGUCCUGGCUCGCUCCUCCACACUGCUGACAACAUAAACUAGAGACUGUGUUGCAAUGGGAUCACACCAGCCGCGACACCAAAUCAGUGUGUACUGGACAAUGGGGCACACAACAUGAGAGAGUCGUUGCCUGGCAGCGGAUGUCUCGUUGCUUCCCUCAGAGCUCAGAGGCCAGUUGGAGUCAGGAGGCGGGUCCUCAGCGGCGGCAGUGAUGCGGGCUUCAGUGGCAGGCUGUAGGAUGAGCGUGGGUGCGCUCCUCAAUGGGCUGCUGGUCUCGGUGGUCGCAGCUCUGCUUUGGAAGUAUUCCAAGCUGAGUGAGCACGCUGCCCUGCUGGAGGAAGAGCUGCACAUGACUCGGCAGUCUCAGGAGAUCUCGCAGGCCCGCAUCGAUUAUCAUGUUGCCCUGCAGGCUCUUCAGGAUCACGGCACCCGUAUGGUCUGCACUGGCAAGAUGCACACCGACCGCAUCUGCCGCUUUGACUACCUCUGCUACUGCUCUGAGGCAGAGGAGUUUGUAUUCUUCCACUCCAAUUCCUCUGUCAUGUUGCCGAACCUGGGGUCUAGGCGCUUCCAGCCCGCCCUGCUGGACUUGUCAUCAGUAGAGGAUCACAACACCCAAUACUUCAACUUUUUAGAGCUCCCAGCCGCAGCUUUAAAGUUCAUGCCCAAGCCUGUGUUCGUACCAGAUGUGACACUGAUCCUGAACAGGUUUAAUCCUGAUAACUUAAUGCAUGUAUUCCACGAUGACCUACUUCCAGUCUUCUACACCAUGAAACAAUAUUCUGACUUGGAUGAUGAGGCUCGUCUGGUGUUCAUGGAGGGCUGGGGUGAAGGUCCGCACUUUGAUCUCUACCGACUUCUCAGCAGCAAGCAGCCACUGCUCAAAGAACAGCUCAGAAACUUUGGCAAGCUAAUGUGCUUUACCAAGUCCUACGUUGGCUUGUCCAAGAUGACCACCUGGUACCAGUAUGGGUUCGUCCAGCCGCAGGGGCCAAAAGCCAACAUUUUAGUCUCAGGGAACGAGAUUCGGCAGUUUGCCAGGGCCAUGAUGGAGAAAAUGAAUAUCACCAGAGAGGAGGACGCUGAGAAGGACGGAGCGAGUGCCGAAGAUGAGAAAGAGAAAGGGAAGAAGGACGAUUACAUUGUUGUGUUCAGUCGGUCAACAACAAGACUGAUACUUAAUGAGGCGGAGCUAAUCAUGGUGCUGGCUCAGGAGUUCCAGAUGAGGGUGGUCACUGUAUCCCUGGAGGAACAGUCUUUCUCUAGUAUUGUCCAGGUGAUCAGCAGUGCCUCCAUGUUAGUCAGUAUGCAUGGAGCUCAGCUUAUCACCUCACUCUUCCUCCCCAGAGGAGCUGUUGUGGUGGAACUGUUCCCCUUUGCUGUGAACCCAGAGCAGUACACCCCAUAUAAAACCCUUACCUCCCUUCCAGGGAUGGACCUUCACUAUAUCUCCUGGAGGAACACUAAGGAGGAAAACACCGUCACCCACACAGAUAGACCCUGGGAACAAGGAGGCAUUGCUCACUUGGAGAAGGAGGAGCAGGAGCGAAUACUUACCAGUAAGGAGGUCCCCAGGCACCUCUGCUGCCGCAACCCAGAGUGGCUUUUCCGGAUCUACCAGGACACUUUAGUGGACAUCCCUUCCUUCCUGGAAGUCCUCAAAGAGGGCAUGAAGACCAAGCCCAUCUUGAAAAAGUCAAAGCCGGCCAGCACGGUCCACCCUGGCCGAGUUAGAGAACCCCAGUGUCAGACUUCAGUACAGACCACUAAUGAGGCUAAACUCACAGUCUCCUGGCAGAUCCCAUGGAAUCUGAAAUACCUGAAGGUAAGAGAGGUGAAGUACGAGGUGUGGAUCCAGGAGCAAGGAGAGAACACCUACAUGCCUUACAUCCUUCCCCAGCAGAACUACACCUUUUCAGAGAACAUUAAGCCCUUCACUACCUACCUGGUGUGGGUCAGGUGUAUCUUCAACAAGAACCUCCUGGGCCCAUUUGCAGACGUUCUCAUGUGUAGGACCUAGUGCAAACACCUUGCCAGUUUGUUGCUGUGCAGUCCCACAUAAAAGUUGAGUCAUGCUUGUUCCACACAAUCAGAUUAGAUCAGUGGACUGCUUGAUUACUGUUUGUCCAGUGGAGGUUGGAAGAUGUCAUAUGGUUUGUUUUGACAAACCUUGAAGAGGCUGUUGAACUCUUAACAGAGGUGUUUCCCUGCCCAGGAUGAACUGCAAAAGAUUUGAACCACAGGGUGAGAACUCAAUGGCAACAGCUGUUAAUAAAUGGAAAGUAUAUCUCAUGUACCUAUGAAAGGAAGAAAGAAAGUGCUAAACCACGUCUGUACCGACAAUAACAGAAUUCAGAUCAGCAGAUUUAUUUAUGUGCAAAAUAAUAUAUAACAUGUUUUUUAGUAUUAGUCAGAACACUGGUUCUUUACCUUUCACAGUAUGCAAAGUAGCUUUUCUGUGGAGAGCAAGAGAGAUUUUAGAAUUAGCAAGAUUUUUUAUGUUUUUUGACUUGUCCAGUUGUCUACUGUGUGUGUGAUACGUGUGUGGCUUAGUUUUUUUCUACCUAUUGUUUAGUUACGUACAUCAUUAUUUUUGCAAAACCGAGCCAAUACCAAAGCAACUUUUCCCGCAUUAGUUCAGCCAGUCAUCAUUCACACCAUAUUCCUCUCUCUACAGUUUGAAACCCUGUCUCCAAAACAAGAAGGAUUUGGGUAAAGCAAGUGUGGAGCAGGAGUUUUCCUGAACGCCAUUCUAAUCCCUGAGAGCAAAGAGGUUUUAAAUUUCAGAAUGCUUAAUGGAGGACAUUGCUCUUUAUGUGUCCUCCAUUAAGUUCCUUACGUGUUAUAACUGCAUAAAUAGCUAUUUUACUCUAACAGUCACUAAUUACAAGUGUAAUAAUUGUAAUUUUCUGUGGAGAGUGAAUCUAUUACCAGGCUAUGAUUCUCCUCCCAAUAAGACAGUCAGAUUUUACUGCUGUGUGUCAAACUCUGUUAGGUUGGAUAUAACUCCCAGCUAUGUGUGUGUGUGUGUGUGUGUGUAUGUGUGUGUGUAUGUGUGUGUGUGUUCAGCAUGCUGCUGAAUUUUAGACUGAAACAGCAAACGCUGACUGGAUGUUAAAGUUGUUUCUGUCAUUUUCAGAUGAAGUGCUGUUGGUUAGCAGCCACGCUGCUGUGAUGCAUUUACCUUUUAGACACGUGAAUCAGAGGUGUUAGUGUGUGAUAGUAGAAAUGUAGCAAGAGAUGAUUUAUGGAACCACACGAGCGCUCAGAACACCGACAGCAACAUACUGUGUUAUACUGAGCCGUUGUUAAGAUAGUGUUAUUUAUAUUGGACUUUUUUUGCCAUGCCUGGUCCUCUGAACAUUACAGUAACCUCUUUGUAAUGUAUUGGAAUUUGCCACAUAUCCCUUUUUUUUCUGUUUUUUCCAUCACCAAUUUUUUUUUUUCAAAGUUCUCAGAUGCAGUUUGCUUGUCGGUGCACGUUUCAGAGAUUAUUUUGAGCCAUAGUUGUGUGUGCAGGAUGUGAUGGAUAUGUUUAGAAAUGUAUGUGUUUGUAUUGUUGGUUAGAUUUCUGUGUUUCCCCCUUUUCCUGAAUCAGCGGAGACAUCAUACUGUAAGUGCUGAGUUAAAGAAGAGUGUACAAGUCCCUGUUUUCUACAUUAGCAAAUAGCUGGAGUUUCUUUUUUUCUGAUUGAAUAAAGAAGCUUAUUUCU